CCACAGGGAUCAGUGCUGGGACCUCAACUUUUUACAAUUUAUAUAAAUGACUUGGAUGACGGGACAGAUGGAAUGGUGGCUACACUUGCUGACAACACAAAGGUCAUCCUACCCAGCCAAUCAGGUUGUCUCGUUGUAUGGUACAGGUGCGUUGACAACCAGGAACGUUGGAGUUUGUCUCUUCCUUGUUUGCCAGGUUUCGGAAUCCUGGUGCGGCAGGGAAUUGAGUGUGGAGCAUUUGGUACCCGGACAACACAGAACUUGAAUACUGCUGAAAAGAGAGACAAUGCUGCUGAAGCUUUCGUCUUGCACCCGUCGGGACAAACACAAGAGUGCCAAAUUUCAAACUAUCACAACAAUUUAUACUGCACGGGAAAAAGGGUGCUGAUUGGUUGGCAAGUCGAACCUGAUUGGCCAAGACGUUGCCACGGGGAAAGCAACGGGGAGACUAUAGACUCCCUAAGCUUCCGGGUUGCCACUGUUCAUUUUGUUCUGCAUUUGCGUUAUAUCGUUAGUGAGCGGACAUCGGGAAGUAACUCCUGCAAUAUGCUAAAGGUCUGGCAUCUGUUCAAAUCUGCCGGCCACCAUGGCCUAGCGAUCAGUUCCAAGCCUGGGACUGGGCUCUGCAGCCGCUGGAAUGUACUGCCACACCAGCCCUUCAUCUCUGCCUCAUCCACCAAACUGUACCACCAGCAGGCUGCCCAGGCUAAAGGGUUAAUAUUUCGGCAGCUCUUUGAGAAGAUCAGUUCCACCUACACGUACCUUUUGGCAGACUCCCAGAGUAAGGAGGCGGUGAUCAUUGACCCUGUUAUUGAUGAAGUAAACCGUGAUGUUAAAUUAAUUGAGGAUCUGGGACUGAAACUGCUCUACGCAGCCAAUACACACUGCCACGCAGAUCAUGUGACUGGCACAGGCCUCCUGAAGAGGAUGAUAACUGGAUGCCGGAGUGUUAUAGCGAAGGACAGUGGAGCCCUGGCUGAUAUUUACAUUCAGGAAGGUGACACCAUCAACUUUGGCAACUUUUCUCUGGAGGCUGUUUCUACCCCAGGACACACUGAUGGAUGCUUAACCUACAUCCUGAAUGACAGAUCCAUGGCGUUCACAGGAGACGCUCUCCUCAUCAGAGGCUGUGGGCGUACAGACUUUCAACAAGGUUGUCCCAAAACUCUGUACAGCUCUGUCCAUGGAAAAAUCCUCACCCUGCCCGGAGAUUGCCUCCUGUACCCGGCUCACGAUUAUACAGGUCGGACGGUGACGACUGUGGAUGAGGAGAGAAGACUCAACCCACGUUUUACCAAACCGCUGGCGGAUUUCAUUGAACUGAUGAACAAUCUGAACCUCCCAAAACCUGCUCAGAUCGAUAUUGCUGUUCCUGCCAAUCUCCGAUGUGGAAUCCAGGAUGACCAGGUUGCCUCUGGGCCCUAGGAGUUUGAAUGAGUCUCUGACCUGCACGAGCUCAGUGACCAAUCACGUUCAGCCAAUGAGGAUGAGCUGCCAGGAAAGACAAUGGCGGAAGAGGUGGAAAUUCAGAUUAUUCAAGAGCUUAUUGCAAUUCUGAUGAGAAAUGUUUCUCCCCUGAAAUUCAGGCUGAAUCUUGAUCAGAUCAGAUUCAUUUACUUCAAUCACCGAGAGUGACACCAGAUUAUAUUUGACAUGAUUGUUUCCCUUUUUAAAAUAAAGUCCUCUCAGAUCACA